AUGGCCGUGCAAUGGUUUGGGUUGCCAUGCAUUCCUUCCAUGCCCUUUGGACAACCCCGUGGGACGGUUCACUUUUCCUAUCUCUCUCCACCAUCAACCAUCACCACCUCCUGCCUUCCGUCAUCCAUCCCUACAUCGCCCCUGCCAGGCAGACGUGGCAGUGAACUGGUGUCCAGCCCUGGGAACGGUGCUGGCAAACGAGGAGGUGGUGGACGCCUCCCAGCCACCCUACUUUUCCUCCAUCCCUCUGCCGCUCUCUGCCCCUCUGCCGACGUGGCAGUGAACUGGUGUCCGGCGUUGGGAACGGUGCUGGCCAACGAGGAGGUGGUGGACGGUCUCAGUGAGAGGGGCGGCCACCCCGUCAUCCGCAAGCCCAUGCGCCAGUGGAUGCUGCGCAUCACAGAGCCCAUGCGCCAGUGGAUGCUGCGCAUCACGGAAUGCGCCGAUCGCCUGCUGGAUGAUUUGGACGGCCUGGAUUGGCCCGAGAGCGUCAAGGAGAUGCAGCGCAACUGGAUCGGACGGUCGGAGGGCGCUGAGGUGGAAUUUGCCAUCGCUGACAUGGCAGACGGGUCUGCCAGCGUGCGCGUGUUCACCACACGUCCCGACACCAUCUGCGGUGCCACUUACCUGGUCCUGGCGCCAGAGCACCCACUAGUGGCAUCCAUCACAUCGGAGCAGCAGAGGGCGGCAGUGGAGGCGUAUGUGGUGGCGGCGGGGCAGAAGAGCGACCUGGAGCGCACCGACCUGGCCAAGGGCAAGACGGAGCACCCACUAGUCGCCUCUAUAACAUCGAACGAGCAGCGGGCGGCAGUGGAGGCGUAUGUGGUGGCGGCGGGGCAGAAGAGCGACCUGGAGCGCACGGACCUGGCCAAGGGCAAGACAGGCGUGCCCACGGGGGCAGAGGCGGUGAAUCCCGUCACGGGCGAGCGCAUCCCCAUAUGGGUCGCUGACUACGUGCUUGCUAGCUACGGCACGGGCGCCAUCAUGGCAGUGCCGGCACACGACUCGCGAGACCUCGAAUUCGCUCAAACCUUCUCUCUGCCCGUGCGCCAAGUCGUGCGCCAAGCAGUGCAACGCAACAGUGGUGGCAAGGGGAAAAAAGCGACAGGAGAAGCGUCAAGAGAAGAAGAUGCAGCGAUAGAGGAGGCGUAUGCAGGGAGCGGGGUGAUGGUGAAUUCGGCGUAUGAGAGCACGGGGGUGGACCUGAACGGGCUGGACAACACUGCUGCUGGGGACGCUGUCGUGGCCUGGCUGGAGGAGCGCGGGCUGGGGAAGAAGCAGAUCAACUACAAGCUGAGGGAUUGGUUGUUCGCCCGGCAGCGCUACUGGGGCGAGCCAUUCCCGGUGCUGCUGGUGCCGGGGGAAGGCGGGCAGGAGGAGCGCGUGGUGGGCGUGCCGGAGGCACAGCUGCCGGUGGUGCUGCCUGAAAUGGACGACUUCAACCCCACUGGCACAGGGGAACCGCCCCUUGCCAAGGCCACUGACUGGGUGAACAUAACAGACCCAGUGUCGGGACUACCGGCCAGGAGGGAGACCAACACCAUGCCUCAAUGGGCCGGCUCCUGCUGGUACUACCUACGAUUCAUGGACCCUGCCAACUCCAACGCCCUCGUGGACCCGCAAAAGGAGAAGUACUGGGGCCCAGUGGAUCUGUACGUGGGGGGCCAGAGCACUCCGUGCUGCACCUGCUGUACGCGCGCUUCUGGCAUAAGGAGCAGUGUCUACAAAGGAGGAGCCCUUCCAGUGUCUGGUGAACCAGGGAAUGAUCCUGGGCGAGGCGAUUCUCCUUCCACUCCCCCACCUUUAACCCCCCACCCACUCCUUCUCCCCUCAAAUCACCAGGUGCUGUACGAUGUAGGAGCAGUGUCAACAAAGGAGCCCUUCCAGUGCUUGGCCAACCAGGCCUUUAUCCUGGGCGAGGUCGAGUUCACAGCCUACCGCGACACCACCACAGGCGUUCUCCUCUCCGCCGACGCGGCCACCAAGCGCCCCCCGGGGGAGUGCGUGCCCGAGAGGGUGCCUGAAGAGGCGGUGGAGCGAGGGGUACGAUUUCUAAACACACGUAAUUGCCCCUUACUUCCCCUGCUCACCCCCCAUUGGCAGGUGCUGUACGACAUAGGAGCAGUGUCAACAAAGGAGCCCUUCCAGUGUCUGGUCAACCAGGGCAUGAUUCUGGGCGAGGUCGAGUUCACAGCCUACCGCGACACCGCCUCAGGAGCCCUCCUCUCUGCCGACGCGGCAGCCAAGCGCCCCCCGGGGGAGUGUGUGCCCGAGAGGGUGCCUGAAGAGGCAGUGGAGAAGAAGGGGGAGGGGUAUGUGCUCAAGGCGGACCCGAGCGUGGGGGUGUCGGCGCGCGCACACAAGAUGAGCAAGUCGCGGGGGAACGUUGUCAAUCCCGACCACGUGGUGUUUGAGUUUGGAGCGGAUUCGCUGCGCCUCUACGAGAUGUUCAUGGGGCCGCUCAGGGAGACCAAGGUGUGGAGCACCAAGGGGGUGGAGGGCGUGCAUCGGUUCCUGGCGCGCGUGUGGCGGCUGCUCGUGGGGCAGGCAGACCCUGCCACGGGGCAGUACCGCUCCCACGGGGUGGCGCCCUCUGUCGUGGAUGAUGCUCUCUCGGAGGAGCAGCUCAGAGCCCUGCACGCCUGCAUCCACAAGGUGACAGAGGAGGUGGAGGCGAUGAGGUUCAACACGGCCAUAGCGGCCAUGAUGGAGUUCACCAACGCCGCCUACAAGUGGCCCAACGUGCCGAAAGACGCCGCCCGCCCGCUCGUGCUGUUGCUCUCGCCCUUCGCCCCGCACGUUGCCGAGGAGGCAGCGCCUGGGAGGCACCUCGCCUUACCCCGAUACCUGGUUGAGGAUACAAUAGCGCUGCCAGUGCAGGUGAACGGCAAGGUGCACGCUACACUGCAGGCCCUGCCCCAAUACCUGGUGGAGGACACGAUCGCGCUGCCAGUGCAGGUGAACGGCAAGGUGCACGCCACACUGCAGGUGGCGGUGGGGGUGGAGCAGGAAGCAGCAGUGGCGGCAGUGCUGGCCCACCCCAACGUGGCCCGCCCGGUGGAGGGGAAGAGCCACACGCAGGCCCUGCCCCAGUACCUGGUGGAGGACACGAUCGCGCUGCCAGUGCAGGUGAACGGCAAGGUGCGUGCCACACUGCAGGUGGCGGUGGGGGUGGAGCAGGAAGCAGCAGUGGCGGCAGCGCUGGCCCACCCCAAUGUGGCUCGGGUGGUGGAGGGGAAGAGCGUGCGCAAGACCAUCUUUGUCAAGGGAAGGAUUCUCAACCUGGUCGUGGGAUGA